AUCGUGCAUUCCCAUUUUAGAUUUAGAUUAACAUCAAACCCAAUUAUAUGCUUAAAGAAAUUUCUAAAUCGAAUCCAUAAGACUCGAGAAUCAAACACGUAUUACCCUUUGGAGCAUAACGACGAUCCAUCCAAAGAGAACAAAAGGAAAGUCCCAAAUAAUCCCCACUGUAUCUCACUCAAAUCCAGCAACUCCAUCGUUAAUCUUCCUCUCCAAUAGAAAACAAAUCUCUCUCUCUCUCCCCUUCCUCUUUCUAACUCUUGUUUCUUCCCAUUUUGUAUUCUUUUGCUUUGUUCUGUGUUCUUAAAUGUCCCUUCUUCUCCGUUACCAUUCAUGCCUUUUCAAAGCUUCCACCUUUUUUCUUUUUUCCCCUCUAAAAUUUUUCCGGGAAAAGCAAGGAGAAAAUGUGCAAGAAAAUCUCGAAGUCUAUAAAUUGAGGCAGAACCUUUUCUCAACGUUCUCUCCCCUUUGAUUUGUCAAGAAGCCUUUUCAUAUGUCCAACACCACCUUGUAACUUCUCAAAGCUUCUCCCUUUUCUUUUUCCCAAAAUUUCCCGUGAAAACGCGAGAGAAAAUUCUCUAGAAAAUCUCGAAUCCAUAAAUCGAGCGAGACCCAUCUCUUCUCCGCCCUCGUUCCACAAAACCCAUCUCCCUCUCAGUUCCCUUCCUUCGAUUCAGCCGUAAAGUUCUCGCCUUUUUCCUCAGAUUCGAGCUUCGCCCUUUUUUGGUAUCUCACCUGCAAAAUCUUCGAAAAGAGAAGCAAAAAAAAAAAAUGAAAGAGUAUUGGACAACUCUAGCUUCGCUUCUCGGCGUAUUGGCCUUUUGCCAGAGUUUAAUGCAGUCAAUCUUCCCGCCGGAGCUCCGUCUCGCCGUCCUGAAAUUCUUCAACCGAAUCUUCCAUCUCUGCUCCUCUUACUGUUAUUUCGAUAUAACGGAAACAGACGGCGUUAGCACCAACGAGCUCUACAACGCCGUCCAGCUCUAUCUCAGCUCCUCCGUCUCCAUCGCCGGAAACCGUCUCAGCCUCACCCGUGCCCUCAACUCCUCCGCCAUCACCUUCGGCCUCUCCAACAACGAUUUCAUCUCCGACAACUUUAACGGCGUCACCGUCCUGUGGGAACACAUCGUCACUCAACGUCAGAACCAGACGUUUGCUUGGCGGCCAAUGCCGGAGGAGAAGCGUGGCUUCACGCUCCGGAUCAAGAAGAAGGACAAAAAUCUGAUCCUCAACUCCUACUUGGAUUACAUCAUGGAGAAGGCGAACGAGAUCCGCCGGAAAAACCAGGAUCGGCUUCUGUACACGAAUCCGAAAGGGGGAGCGGUCGAUUCCAGGGGUCAUCCAUGGGAAUCGGUUCCGUUCAAGCAUCCGAGCACGUUCGAUACGCUUGCGAUGGAUCCGAUGAAGAAACAGCAGAUCAUGGAGGAUCUGAGAGACUUCGCAGAAGGUCAAUCGUUUUACCAGAAAACGGGUCGGGCGUGGAAAAGAGGGUAUUUGCUUUACGGUCCUCCGGGAACUGGGAAAUCGAGCAUGAUCGCCGCCAUGGCAAACUACCUCGGUUACGACAUCUACGAUCUCGAACUCACGGAGGUUCACAGCAACUCCGAACUAAGGAAAUUGCUGAUGAAAACGAGCUCGAAAUCGAUUAUCGUGAUCGAAGACAUCGAUUGCUCAAUCAAUCUGACGAAUCGGCAGAAGAGCAACACAAACCAGAUCCCGAGGAGCGCAUACGACCCGGUAACCAGAAGCGGUUUGGGUUCCGGCGAGGAUUCCGGCAACAGCAACACGAUUACGCUGUCGGGUCUGCUGAAUUUCACGGACGGGCUUUGGUCGUGCUGCGGGAGCGAGAGGAUAUUCGUAUUCACGACGAAUCACAUCGAGAAGCUCGACGCGGCAUUGCUUCGAAGCGGACGAAUGGACAUGCAUAUACACAUGAGCUACUGUACAAUGCCGUCUCUGAAGAUAUUGCUGAAGAACUAUUUGGGCUACGAGGAAGAAGAUCUAGACGGCGACGUUUCGAAGGAAAUGGAAGCGGCGGUGGAAAAGGCGAAGAUGACGCCGGCCGACGUGAGCGAGUCUCUGAUAAAGAACAGAAGGAGCGGGGACAGAGCGGUGAGGGAGUUGUUGGGCGAACUGAGAAGUAGGGCGGAGAGAAAUGAAAGAAUAGGGAAAUUGAGGGGCGAAAAUGGGAAUUCAGCAGCGACUGAGGAAGAUGAGGAGGAGGAGAAGAGGGCUUUGGAUAGUCCAAAAGAGGAUGGCGGCGAUGAAGAGGAAGAGACUGCGUUUGAGAAUGGCGUUUGCGAGAAAAGGGAAGAACUCAGAGGACACGACACAUGAGAUAGUGUCCGAUAAUAUCACACACACACAUAUAUAUAUAUAUAUAUAUAUGUUAUUAUGCUUUUGUUGGGUAAUAAAAGUAAGAAGGUGUCAUCAUGUUCCAAUUAUUGUUAUUUAAAGUGAUGGAUAUUGGGUUUG